GCACAUCGAAUUGAAGCUAGAGAGUACGUACGUGGAGACAUGGAGGUAUUGUACUCCGACGAGGCUCUUGCGGCCGUUGCGCCGAUCGCGGUGUACUGGGUCUACUCCGGCGUGCACAGGGCGAUCGACCACGGAAGGCUGAUGGAGAGGUACAGGCUCAACACCAAGGAAGACGAGGACGGCAAGAACAUGGUGUCCAAGCGAGACGUCCUCUUCAACGUCCUCUCCCAGCACUUGCUGCAGCUCGUCAGCGUCGCCAUGCUCACCACUGUACGCAGUUGAUCAUCGUUUAAC